UACCAGUACCAGAAAGAGGAUGAGGGAGUCAGAACCCCUGGCUGUUGAACCUCGUCAACCUAAUUUCACCCAUAUCAAUCCAAUAUUUUAGAUUUCCGAUAUCUCCCCAAUCAAUCAAUCAAUCCGAGAUUAAUGAUAUUACUCACGGCGGUCCUCUUGCAGUUCAGGCUCCCGUUGAGGGUGAUGAGGAGAUGAGUGAAAGAGAUCAGGAUACACAUGCACACGGAAAUCUUGACAGAGAAUAUCAGGGUAGUGCUGCAAAUACGGAAUUUCCUUGGAUGCAAAAUCAUCUCUGGGAUAGCUAGGAAUGCGGAAGAAGCAGAAAGCCUUGCUCUCCUGAAAGCUGGAAUUUGGACUCGAGAGAAAGGAAAGGAAAAUGCAUGUUUCAUCAGUGAUGCUAAAGUAGUUAUAGAUUGUUUGAAAUCCAAUAAUAACCAGCUGUGCUGGUAUAAUAUGUCAAUCUUGGAUGACUGUAUUAAGUUUAGUAAAUUUGAAUUCUUGAAUAGAAGUUUUACUUAUUUGGCUGAUAUCGCAGCCAAACAUGGUAGGACAAAUAUAGUCAAUGGUGAAUGGUUUGAGUCUAUCCCUUACUUUCUCACUGAACAUCUGUAAUUCCUUGGUUUUUAAUUGUAGUAUAUUUUUCUUAGAAAAAAAAAAAAAAAAAAAAAAA